UCAGUCCCCAUCACAUCGCAUCAAUCCUUCAACGAGCCCAGGCGAAACAAAAAACACUCGAGGUCCGCAAAGAUUCAGAGAAAGAAAAGGAGUAACUUCAUCAUGGACGCAAAGAUUUUGAAGGGUACCAAGUUCCCACCGGAGUACUCCAAAAAGGUUGAUAUGGGGAAGGUGAAUUUGGAGGUUAUGAAGCAGUGGAUUUCCGGCAAGGUCAUAGAGAUAUUAGGGAAUGAGGAUGAUGUCGUUAUUGAUUUUGUAUAUUCGCUUUUGGAGGAAGAGAGGAUUCCUGAUCCGAAGAAGAUACAGAUCAACCUCACGGGAUUCCUGGAGAAGGAUACUCCUGCGUUCUGUAAGCAACUCUGGGGGCUUCUGUUAAGUGCUCAGUCGAAUCCGCAGGGUGUGCCGAUGGAGUUGUUGGAGAAGAAGAAGGAGGAGUUGCGUCGCGAAAAGGCUGUGGUAGAGGAACGCACAGAGCAGCAACGUCGCAAGCGUGAGGAGGAGGAGGGGCGAGAACGCGAGAUUGCUAACGUCCGUGAACGUGAACGGGAUACCCGUCGUAGAGUCCCGCUAUCGACGGCAGGAGCAUCACCAUCAUCGAAGGAUACCAGGGAGAGAGGAGGAGAUAACUAUACCGAAGGGAAAGGCGCCCCCCACAUCAACGGGGCGGGGGACGUCGUGGAGGAGGAGGUGGGGAUAGGUUCAGAGGCGGAGAGACAGACACACAGGAGCUACAACAGAUAUGGUCGUUCCCGCUCGAGAUCUCGGUCGCGGUCUCGUGGCGGACGGGACGAGUACCGUGCCAGACGCCCUUCCCCGCGCUACUCAAAUUCCCCGGAUACGCGCAGGAACAGUGAGCUGCAGCACCAUUACCAGCGACACCGGUCCCACACUCCGGAUUACGGCAGAGGAGGUCGGAGAAAUCAUAGGGAUAGAAGACGGGGUAGCGUAUCUUCCCGUGAUCCUUCCUCGUCUAGGUCUUCCUAUGCGUCUACUAAGUCUCCGUCGAGGUCUCCUCCCCCCAAGAGAGAGAGAGGAGGGAGUAGGAGGGAGCUUUCCGCUUCCAGAGAUCGUGUGGAUCGGAGAGAGAAGCGGUCUUCAAGAGGUUAUGCUGAGGAGACAGAUAGCUGGCGUCGCCGUCGUCACGAAUCGGAGGAGCGGUCCGGGCGGGAUGCCCGCGCAUCCAAGAGAAGGCGAUCGCGGUCUUCCGACAACGACGACAACAAGAAUAACAAGAAUCGUCGGGGUUCGCCCCCGCGCACCCGGGACAGACAAGCGAAGAGUUCUACCGCUACCGCCGCUGGCACUACCAGAGUAGUGGAGAAGGAGGUUGGGAAGGACAAGGAGUUGACGCCUCAGCAACGAGAAAACCAGCUACGUGAACAACUUCUCCGGGAGAAGAUCAAGCGGUCGAGACAGAAUAGUGGGAGUAAUGGGAGUGGAAAGGGUGGUAUUGAGGGGAAGGACCGAACCGACUGAUUGAUUUAUUGAUGAGUGUUUAUAGAAGGAUUCUGGGAAGCGAAAAUGAAAAAUUUCUGUUUUUUCUUUUCUUUUCUUUUCUUUUCUUUUCCUUUCUUUUCUUUCUUUUUACGCCGUGAUCUUCUCUACUUCUUGAUCAAUCAUGGGAAGUUUAUACAAACUUACAUAUGCAAAACGCAUUAUUAUUACACAA